UAUGCGUGUGAGGCAAGGAGAGAGACGCGCCAGCGCAGAGAGGCACGGAGCCGGAGCGGAGAGCAUCAAGCAGUCUGCAUUUGGGGGGAAAAAAUCCGAAACUAGUGUGGGGAAUCGAGAAAACCAACGACAAACAAUAAAAAAACAGUAAAGCACUGAUAGAACGCAUAACUGUGGGCGCUGUGUUAGUAUUUGGACUUAAAAUGAAAGGUCUAUCUGUCUCUCUAUUGGAUUUGGAGUCAUACUUGCGGCGCCUUUGACCGGAGAGUAGCGCAUAUGCAGAGUGGGUUUACCAAUCCAACUUGACUCAACAUUCAGGAUCUUAAUCAGCGCUUCUCUCUUUGAACAUCAUCAAGCAUUACCAUCACUGCCACCAUGGAUGAAGACCAGUGCUACUAUAAUGAGACUAUCUCCUUCUUCUAUAACCACAGUCGUAAGCCCCUUGCUGAAGACUGGAACACCGUUAGCAGGCUUGUGAUGGGCCUGGGCAUCACCGUCUGCAUCUUUAUCAUGCUCGCCAACCUUCUAGUGAUGAUCGCCAUCUACGUCAACAGGAGAUUCCACUUUCCAAUCUAUUACCUGAUGGCAAACCUAGCAGCUGCUGACUUCUUUGCUGGACUGGCCUACUUCUACCUAAUGUUCAACACAGGACCAAAUACUAGACAUCUUACUGUUUCAACAUGGUUGUUGCGUCAAGGCUUGAUUGAUACCAGUCUGACAGCAUCAGUGGCGAACCUGCUGGCCAUCGCUAUAGAACGUCACAUCACUGUCUUCCGCAUGCAGCUACAUACGCGAAUGAGCAACCGACGUGUGGUGGUGGUGAUCCUCAUAAUCUGGACUAUGUCCAUAGUGAUGGGAGCAAUCCCCAGUGUUGGCUGGAACUGUAUCUGCAGUCUUAAUAGUUGCUCCAACAUGGCGCCCCUUUAUAGCAACUCCUACUUAGUCUUUUGGGCAGUGUUUAACCUUUUGACAUUUGUUGUGAUGGUAACACUUUACGCCCACAUUUUUGUCUAUGUGAGGCAGAGGACCAUGAGGAUGUCGCGGCACAGCUCAGGACCACGGCGCAACCGAGAUACAAUGAUGUCUCUGCUAAAAACGGUGGUCAUUGUGUUAGGUGCAUUUAUCAUUUGUUGGACUCCCGGCUUGGUCAUCCUACUUCUCGACGUCUUUUGCUCCAGCUGCAACAUCCUCACCUAUGAGAAGUUCUUCCUACUCCUUGCAGAGUUUAACUCCGCAAUGAAUCCUAUCAUCUACUCAUAUCGGGACAAGGAGAUGAGCGCCACCUUCAAGCAGAUCUUGUGCUGUCAACGGCAGGAGAAUGUUAAUGGGACGGUGGCGGAGGGCUCUGACCGCUCAGCGUCUUCUAUCAACCAUACAGUGCUGGGUGCUGGCAGUGUGCAUCACCAUCACCUUCACAAUGAGCAUUCGGUGGUUUAAAAUUAUUUAAAGAAGGGAGACUGAAAGUUGAGGCGAUUCUGUCUGAAACAAGGUAAAUACUUAAGAAGGGAUGGGAAUGGUAUUGAUUGUAGACUGAAUUUAAAGACAGGUGAAGGACUGAUGAUCAGUAUGAUCGAGGAUUCAAAGAAGGAGAAAGGGAUUAAAAUGUAUGAAGAAAAGACUAAGCGCAUGAAGAGAGGAAGUCUUAUAUUCAAGGACUCUGACACACCAAUAGUAUUAUUGUGUAGCUGUAUAUUGUUUUCUUUGUUUAAUGUUUUUUUUUUUUUACAAGCAACGUUGAUAUGAAUUAUUUAAGUAGUCUGUGAAGUAAUGCCAGUAUAACCGUACUCUUUCUCCAUUCAGUCUGUUUAACUUUGAAAAAACUGCAUUUAUUCACCACAUUUUGACUUUGCUGAUCAGUGCUUUUUCAUGUCAUGGAGCAGAUGGCUUUUACUGUGAACAGACAUAACCGCAUCAACUGCUAUAAUCUAACUUUACACAUGAACACCAGUUGGAUUUUUCAUGUUAUAUAAAUGUCUGUUUUUGACCCUUCCUUUUACACAUUUCCGUGCUUUUGUAAGAUUUUAAGAGGGUUCAAUUGUCUUGAUAGUGGCUGGUGUCUUUAAGACAAAAAAUAUUGUUACGAUUUCA